AUGGUCCGUGAGCAGACGAAAGUGGUUUAUGCUGCGGUCCACCAAGACUUCAAUGACAAAUCUCACCUCGUGGAACACGUCCGCAUUCACACAGGAGAGCGUCCGUUUUCCUGUGUGCACUGCAGUGCAUCAUUUGCGACUAAAAAGUACCUCGCGCAGCACUUGCGCUCUCACACUGGAGAACGUCCUUACUCCUGUGUUCUCUGCAAUGCAUCAUUUAAGCUGAAAGGCCACCUCACGGAACACAUACGCACCCACACAGGAGAGCGUUCAUUUUCCUGUGUAGACUGCAAUGCAUCGUUUUCGCGGAAAGCCAGCCUUGAUGCACAUCUGCGUUCUCACACCGGAGAGCGUCCGUUCUCUUGUGUGCACUGCAAUGCAACGUUUAUUAUUAAACGCCGUCUUGUUGAGCAUCUACGCACUCACACAGGUGAGAAUCUCUUUUCCUGUGUUCAGUGCAAUGCAUCCUUUGUUCAGAAAAGUCACCUUGUAGAACACAUUCGCACUCACACUGGAGAGCGUCCUUUUUCCUGUGGACACUGCAAUGCAUCCUUUGCGAAAAAAUGUCGCCUCAGGGAACACAUCCGUACUCACACAGGAGAGCGGCCCUUUUCUUGUGUCCAGUGCAAUGCAUCCUUUAUGCAAAAAAGCCAUCUCGUGGAACACAUUCGCACUCACACUGGAGAGCGUCCAUUUUCCUGCGCACACUGCAGUGCAUCCUUUGUGCAGAAAUACCACCUCGUAAAACAUAUCCGCACCCACACGGCAGAGCACCCCUUUUCCUGUAUACAAUGUGAUGCAUCCUUUGCUAAGAAAUGCCACCUUGUAAUACACAUUCGCACUCAUACAAUAUAGCUUCUUUUUUUCUUGCAUACACAACAAUGCAUGGUUUGUGACAAAUUACUACGUCCAUCAGCGCAUGUGCUCUCGUAGGGGAGAGCGCCUCUGCUCUUGUGUCUGCUGUAAUGCAUGCUUACCGCAGAAAGAAAACUCGUGAUGCACAUUUGCAUUCACACAGCAAGUGUCCCCUUUCUUGAGAGGACUGCAAUGCGUCGCUUAUGAUGAAACGCUGCCUCAUUGAGCCAGGAGAGCGCUCAUUUCCUUGUGUACACUACAGUGCAUCUUUUGUGAAGAAAUGCCACUUCGUGAAACAUAUCCACACUCGCACGGCAUAGCGUUCCUUUUUAUGUUCAGUGCUUGGUAUGUGAGUGAAUGCCAACUCACUUAAUACAUGCACUACAACACAGGAAACAGCUCCUUCUACUGUGCCCACUGCAAUACAUCCUUUUUGCGCAAAGAGCAACCUCUUGACACUCAUUCAGGCUCACACAAAAGGGCGUCUUUUUUUCUUGUCCACUAAAAGCAUCAUCUAUGAUUGAACGCCAUCUCAUUCAGCACAUACACAUUCACACAGAACAUGCCUUCUUCCCUGUCUGCUGCAUUUCCGAUGGAGGCGGAAAUGUUGUAGGCCCGUGUGCUCAGAUUUGGGUGCAUGUUAAAGAACCCCAGGUGGUCGAAAUUUCCGGAGCCCUCCACUAUGGCGUCUCUCAUAAUCAUAUGGUGGUUUUGGGACGUUAAACCCCACAUAUCUAUCUAUCACCUGUCUGCUGAAAUGCAUCUUUUUCGUCUAUAGAACUGCCAUAAUGAAACAUCCACGUUCACACAGGAGAGCGCCCCUACUCAUGUGUCUACUGUAAUACAUCUUUUUUCAUGACAGCUGCACUUCAAAGCAAGCACAACAUGGCCAAUCGACGUGAAAAUAAGCUGUGAAAGUUUGAAGGAGACUGCUAAUUCUAAAGUGUGUUCAGACGAAAGCCUGCAGCCAUUUGACGGAGGACUAUGUCGUGUUUUCUUAUUUGGGUGUGUGAAUCGCUGCUGUGCCAUCACGUGAUUGCUCAGAGGGUGUGAGGGGGAGAGACCACACCAGGCACCGUUCCAGGGCACGGAAGGAGGAACAAACGUACACGAGUAUAAACAAUAAAGUAUUUCGCCUUGAU